AUGACAUUGGCUUUACUAUCAACGACGGAACAAAUUAAAAAUGAUCGUAAACAGAUGAAUAUAGUUUUGGAUCGUAUCUUAGAAAGUCUGGUUUUGGCUGCCGGGGAAGAAGAUUAUCGAUGUGGAUUUCAUGUGAGUGAAUCAUUAGUUGUUUUGGUAAAAUUAUUCAGUUAUGAUCGUACACUUGAUUAUAUAAUGCAACAUGCAGAAGUUGAACAACUAGAAAAAACAACAACAUUAGAAUUUCUACUUGAUUUUUUCUCUAAAUAUUAUGCUACAGUCAAAAAUGAUGAUCCACUCAAAUUAACAACAAUGACAGCAUUAUGCAAUAUUUUUUGGUGUGUUUCACUUCGACCUCAGUACAAACAGGAAUUGUAUGGCGAUAAAGAAAAAUUUAAAGAAUUUAAGAAGAUAAUCGAACAGAUUGCUUGCGGAGGAGGCAACAGAAGCAUUGGAACAACAUCUAUACACUACGUCCCCACAUACAUUGAAAAUAUACAAAAAGCAGCCGACGGGAUAUUGUGUAAUAUUGUUGAACAACAAGAACAACAGCAACAAUCCGAAACUCAAAAAUCAGAGCGACGUGGAGUAAAAAGACUUCGAGCUCUAGCGCUCUCUCUUAGAUCACCAUCAUCAACGAGUAGCCCAAAUACUAUCAAACCUCUGAAACCGUCAAUUAUGAUCAGUUACUCACACGGAGAUAAUGAUGUCUGCACACAACUUUACAAUGAGUUGAAUAAGAGAAACGAUGAAUUUGAUAUUUGGAUUGAUCGUAAAUAUUGUAAAACUGGUUAUUUAUGGGGUAAAAUAGCUGAUGGUAUGCAAGAAGCGAGUGUCAUACUGUGUCUUCUAUCCAAUAAGUAUUAUGAAAGCAAAUCAUGUCAACAAGAAUUUGUCUAUGCAAAUGAUCAUUUGAAGAAACAGGUUAUACCAGUAUUUAUCCAACAGGAUAAACCACCAGGCUGGGUCGGUAUUCAUACAUGUUUGCUAAAAUAUAUUCGAUUUCGUCAGACUCAACUAUUGGAAGAAGAAAAGUUGAAAGAUUUAAUGGAAAUGAUCGACGAGUAUUUAGCAUUGAACAAUGGAAAGAACGAUGUUGAUUCGUCGAUUUCAGCUAUGACAAGGCCUGCUCCUGUACAUCAUGAAACCAUGAUAACUGCAAAAACAACAACGACAACGCCAGUUACAGAAAAUAAAGAAUUUGAAAUCAAACAACAAGUUGUCUACUCAACAAAACCUGCCAUCAAUCUCGAUGAAAAACCCAUAUCACAAUGGAACAAGGAUGGUGUUGCUCAAUGGUUUCAACAGAAUAAAAUUAUGCUUGAACUGUAUAAAUUAUAUCAAUUUGAAGAUGGACUUGAACUACUAACUUACGCAGCAACUAUUUUAGACGAUAAUGUAUUGAAAUCAGAACAGCAACUCUAUUCCCAAGCGUAUUCACAAGCAAAUAAUGGUAAAGUAUUGUUAACACCACCAUUUUCACGAUUCAUGAACGCUUUACGAAAAUUGCACAACGAUGCUGAAUUGAAAACGCAAAAAUCAACAAUAGUAGUAGAACCAAUUAUAAUGAAUGGUAGUAGUAGUGGUUGUGGUAAGCCUACAGCGAGAAAUAUUUCUCGUAUACCGAGAAGAAGUUCAAUAACGACGCCACAAGACUAA